CGCAGGCCACAGCGCAUGCGCCGGGGGAAGGAAACGCUCGCGCCGUCCUCAUCAUGACGCGGUGGCAAACAGACAGCUGAGGAGCUCAGUUUCUGGGUCAAAAUGGCCGUGGAGAAGCGCCUGGCGUUCGCUAUUGUGCAAUUUCUACGAGACCAAACUCAUCGCAGUGCUUUAAAUUCUGAUGAGCAAGAGAGCCUGGAGGUUGCGAUCCAGUGCUUGGAGACUACCUUCAAGAUCGGCUCCAGUGACUGCCAUCUCGCUGUAUCCCAGCCACUCAGAGAGAUAUUCCUCAACGCCCUGCUCAAGAACGACAAUCUCACCGUACCAGAGACGUCCCCGUCUCCUGAAGACAUAGAACGGGCAGAGCAACUUAAAAAUGAAGGGAACAAUCAUAUGAAGGAGGAAAACUACAGAUGUGCAGUUGAAUGCUACACAAAGGCCAUAGAUCUGGACCUAAGAAACGCUGUGUAUUACUGCAACAGAGCUGCUGCUCACAGUAAACUGGGUAAUUAUACUGAGGCGACUGGAGACUGUGAAAGAGCCAUUGGGAUUGAUCCAACCUACAGCAAAGCAUAUGGGAGGAUGGGUUUGGCUUUAACUGCAAUGAAUAAGUAUCCAGAGGCGAUUUCAUACUUCAAGAAAGCCCUGGUUCUAGACCCGGAGAAUGACACAUAUAAAUCCAACCUGAAGAUCGCAGAGCAGAAGCAUAAAGAAGCUUCUAGCCCAAUUGCUGCCGGAUUGGGAUUUGACAUGGCAAGUUUAAUCAACAACCCAGCCUUCAUCAGCAUGGCCGCGAGCGUCAUGCAGAACCAACAAGUCCAGCAGCUCAUGUCGGGAAUGAUGUCGAAUGCAGUCAGAGGUCCUGCCGCAGGAGUGGGAGGACUGUCUGACAUCUCCAGCUUGAUUGAGGCGGGCCAGCAGUUCGCCCAGCAAAUCCAGCAGCAGAACCCAGAGCUCAUCGAACAGCUAAGGAACCACAUCCGGAGCCGUUCCUUCAGCGGCAGCGCUGAGGAGCACUCAUGAUUUAUUUGGGUAUUCUUCCACUUAAAAGCGAAACUCUCUUAGCAGCAGACCGUGCACUCAUCCAGGUCUCAUUUAUACAGCCGUAACAGCUGAGUAAUUUCAUUGCAGACACUCUUUAUUUGCCUCCGAAGAAGAGCAACCAUAUGGCGCGAUAACAAUCUCUACACCCAUUUCUAGUCCCCGGCACAGCUGGAAAGAAGAGAUGAGGAUGGGGUCGAAGGCACUUUAACUGAGACUAUAGGAGAGGAAAAA